AUGGCAAGUGAGGAAGAGAGCUUUCUUGUUUUAGUGCAUUGUUCUGGAAAAAUUAAGAGAAGCAAAAAAUAUGGUGUGAAGUUCACUGACAGAGAACCAUUGAGUGUAUUCAUCAGUUCAUUCAGCACUUUGUCAGAUGUAAAGAACAGCAUCUUGCAGAAGCUUGAGGUAUGUGGUAGCAAGUGGGUGAAGAAGCUAUUCUACAAGAUUCCCAUCUCAAUUGUCUCCACCGGUGUUAAGUAUGAUACGUUUGUGCUAGCGGCUGAUGAAGAUAUUCGGGUUCUGUUUCAUUGUGUUAGGAGUUUUCCGGAGGUCAGAAUACACGAGCUGUAUGCGAAGUUGGAGGUUGGUGUGGAGAGUUCUGGGGCAUCAGCUCCAGUUCAUAGCUCGACUGCCGCAGGCGGUGCGUCCAGUUCGAUGCCUGUGGCAGGACCAUCUGUUCCGCAGGUCGCAUCCCCUUCCUUCGCUACUGAUUUAGAUCGAACCGAGGCAGUGGGUUCUGUGCCGUUGGAGAAUCUUGGGGUCUGGCAGCAGGCAUUUGAGGUGGAUACCGGUGGUGGCAUGAUACAUGAUGUUCAAGCCUUCGGAGAACCUGAUAGAGUAGAGAAUGCAAUGCGGGACGAUGACUCUGAGGGGGAGCCUGUAGAUAUCAUUGGGGACAGUGAUGAUGACACAGGUUCCAAUCCACAUGCACAGCACGAGCCUUCAAGUUUUGGCACACAGCAGUACCCUCCACACUUCUCCACUCUAAACUUGGAGGCUCUGGGUCAACAGGCGAACGGAGGUGCUACAAUUGGCGAUUCUUCUACAGAAUUUCAGAUUGGGCAAUCAUUCCAGAAUAAAGAUGAGGCUAUUCUGAGUGUGAAGGACUAUAGCAUCCGUCGAGGUGUUGAGUACAGAGUCAUGGAAUCGGAUCAUCUGAAGUAUCAUGGAAGAUGCAAGGAGUUCGGCAAGGGUUGUACUUGGUUGAUUCGCAUAUCGCUUUGUGCACGAAAGGGCACUUGGGAGGUUAGGAGGUACAACGGUCCACACACUUGCUUGGCCACCUCUAUUUCCAGUGAUCACCGUCAGCUUGAUUACAACGUUAUCUGUGCGAGGAUUUUUCCGUUGGUUAGGGCGGAUGCUGCGGUUACGAUCAAGGUCUUGCAACAAGCAACAGAAGCCGAUUACGGGUUCAGGCCUAGUUAUAGGAAGGUUUGGACCGACAGUCAUUCCUGA